AUGCCUGCCAUUCCCCCAUCGCGGCUUGUUGCCUUGCAGUCCAAUGCAGACAAUAUUCGCAACAUUUGCAUUCUUGCUCAUGUCGAUCAUGGCAAAACCUCUCUUACUGACUCCCUCAUUGCCACGAAUGGGAUAAUCUCACCCAAAAUGGCAGGCAAGAUCCGUUACCUGGACUCCAGACCCGACGAACAGACUCGCGGUAUUACAAUGGAAAGCAGUGCCAUCAGUCUAUACUUCAGUAUGAUGCGGAGGCAGCAAGAUAUCGCAGAACCAAAGAAAGAGGAGUAUCUGAUAAAUCUGAUAGACAGUCCUGGUCACAUUGACUUCUCGUCAGAAGUCAGUACUGCAUCACGACUUUGUGACGCUGCCAUUGUUCUCGUCGAUGCAGUGGAAGGUGUAUGUUCUCAGACAGUCACCGUACUACGGCAGGUGUGGGUCGAGAAACUGAAACCUUUACUAGUCAUCAAUAAAAUAGACAGACUAAUCACUGAACUCAAAAUGACUCCUGCUGAGGCGUAUUUGCAUCUUGAGAGAGUACUCGAGGGUGUCAACGCUGUUAUUGGGGGGUUCUUUCAAGGUGAGCGCAUGGAAGAAGAUCUUCAAUGGCGAGAAAAGCUCGAUCAGAGGAAACAAGCCCGGGAGCAGCAGAAGCAGGAAGCCCUGAGUGACACCACUUCUGAAGCUGAUGUGGAACAACAAUAUGAAGAGCGUGAUGAUGAAGAUUUAUAUUUUGCCCCAGAAAAGAACAACGUUAUCUUUGCAAGUGCAAUUGACGGGUGGGCAUUGACCGUCCGGCAAUUCGCUGCCAUCUAUGAGAAGAAGCUGGGCAUCAAGCGUUCUAUCCUCGAGAAAGUCCUUUGGGGUGACUUCUAUCUGGACCCAAAAACCAAGAAAGUCCUCGGUCAAAAGCAUCUGAAAGGAAGAAAUCUGAAGCCAAUCUUCGUUCAACUGGUGUUGGAACCUAUAUGGCAAGCAUAUGAUGCCACGGUUGGCAUCAAUGGCAGUCGUGGAGAUCCAGCUUUGUUAGAGAAAAUCACAAAAUCUCUCUCCAUUAGUCUUCCAGCACACAUCGCUCGAUCACGAGAUACCAAGGCUGUCCUACAGGCUCUCUUCUCGUCAUGGCUUCCCCUGUCAACCGCGCUCCUGGUUUCCGUUAUCGAAUAUCUCCCUAGUCCGCCAAUCGCUCAGGCUACUCGCUUGCCAGAGAUGAUUGACGAGGUGGUUGGGACCAAAAGUGUGGACCAGACUCUCAAAGAUUCAAUGGUUCAUUUCAAGACUGAUGCAACUGCGCCAGUGGUGGCGUAUGUUAGCAAAAUGGUUGCCAUCCCAGAGAGCGAACUCCCCUCCAAACGGAGGAAAUUAGGCACAGCUCUAACUGCGGAUGAAGCGCGCGAAUUGGCCCGCAAAAAGAGAGCAGAAAUCGCAAAAGCUCAGGCGGAAGCCAAUGGAGAAACGGACGUCGGACAGAUCACAAAUGGUCUCAACUCGACGAGAAUAGGAGAAGAGGUCGAUGAGAUCCUGACACCAGAACAGCCAGAAGACCCCGAACACCUAAUUGGGUUUGCCAGAUUAUAUUCUGGAACUCUUUCCGUGGGCGAUGAGCUUUACGUACUGCCACCUAAAUUCAAUCCUGCAUUUCCUCAUGCAUCACCCGAGCCACGAAAAGUCCCCAUCACCGCAUUAUAUCUUCUGAUGGGCCGGAGCCUGGAACCCUUGGAGAAAGUACCUGCUGGAGUGGUCUUCGGUAUUGAAGGAUUGGAAGGGCAUAUUCUUAAAACAGGCACGUUAUGCUCUCAACUUGAAGGUAGUAUUAACUUGGCAGGGGUUGCAUCUUUCAGUCAACCAAUUGUUCGAGUUGCGCUUGAGCCCACUAACCCUAUGGAUCUUAACAAGAUGAUCAAGGGCUUGAAACUCCUGGAGCAGAGCGAUCCAUGCGCAGUUUAUGAACAGAUGGAAAGUGGUGAGCACGUCAUUCUUACUGCCGGAGAGCUUCAUUUGGAAAGAUGUCUGAAAGAUCUCCGAGAACGCUUCGCGAAAUGCGAUAUUCAACCCGGCGAGCCUAUUGUGCCGUAUCGAGAGACCAUAGUCAAGGCAGAAGAGAUGGAACCUCCCAAGCAUAAAGAUUUGCCUAGAGGAGCAGCUAUAGCUGUCACAGCAUCUAAGGUUGUCUCUGUCAAACUUCGAGUUCGGCCUUUACCGGAGAAUAUUACAGAGUUCCUCAUAAAGAAUGGAGCGUCAAUCCGGAGGCUCUAUGCAGAGAAGCAAGCGCAAGAAGAUGGAAUCAAGAAUGCAGAGGAUGUCGACGAGGAUGGCGCCAUUGAUCUGGGUUAUGAUGCAGGACAUGAACGGAGCAAUCUCUCACUACAAGAAUUCCGACAACAGCUACAGAAAGCAUUUGACGAGGUGGAAGAGGACAAGGAAGAAUGGCAAAAAGUCGUCUCCAAGAUUUGUGCCUUUGGUCCCAGACGCAUCGGGCCAAAUCUAUUUAUUGAUGCAACUGAGAGAAACACAUGCAAACGCUUCCUCCUGGAGCAGAACGAGAUCAAACACAACCACGACAGCGAAGCGCAGAACAACGAAUCUGACUCUUCUCCAACAUACGAUUUCUCAGACACAAUAGCAUACGCCUUCCAGCUGUCGACCUCCCAAGGCCCAUUGUGCCGUGAACCGACACAAGGCAUUGCUGUGUUCCUAGAAGAGAUCACAUACCACGACGAAUCCAAUGGCGAAUCCUCAACAACAACCGUGGAAUCAGGUCGACUCACAGGCGAACUCAUCACCUCAGUACGCGAGACCAUCCGGUCUGCAUUCCUCGACUGGUCUCCACGCAUCCUGCUCGCAAUGUACAGCUGCACGAUCCAAGCAACACCGGAAGUGCUGGGACGGGUGUACUCGGUACUCACGCGACGUCGCGGCUCGAUCCUCUCGGAAGCCCUGCUGGAAGGAACCCCUUACUUCACGAUCGAAGCAACCCUGCCAGUCGCCGAGUCGUUCGGCUUCAGCGAGGAGAUCCGCAAGCGUACUUCCGGGCUCGCGCAGCCGAUGCUCAAAUUCGUCGGGUUCCAGAUGCUCGACGACGUCGAUCCCUUCUGGGUGCCGAGGAGCGAAGAGGAACUCGAGGAUUUGGGCGUGCAUGGUGAGCGGGAGAACGUUGCCAAGAAAUAUGUCGAUUUGGUGAGGGUCCGGAAGGGUCUGCUGGUCAAAGGUUAUCGUGGCGGACGGGAUGCGGAGAAACAGAAGACUCUGAAGACGAAUUAG